CCUGCAGUCAGGACCAAUGAAAGCAGAGGACUUCAUCCACUCGGUGACUAAGAACUGGCAGUAUUUAAGAGGUGGCAGGAAUGGGCUGAGACUUGCUUCAGCUUUCUCUGCAGACGGGCACACUUUUGUCUGAUUUGGGGUACCGCUGAGCCAGAGACAGAGAGAAGGGGAAGACCUGCCAGACCCUCCGCCGCCACCAUGUGCUAUGGCAGAUGUGCCCGAUGCAUCGGACUUUCCCUGGUGGGGCUGGCGGUCCUCUGCAUUGUAGCUAAUAUUUUGCUUUACUUUCCCAAUGGGGAAACGAAAUAUGCCACCGAAAACCACCUCAGUCGCUUUGUGUGGUUCUUUGCCGGCAUCAUCGGAGGGGGUUUGCUGAUGCUCCUGCCGGCCUUUGUCUUCAUUGGGCUGGAAGAGGACGACUGCUGUGGCUGCUGCGGCCACGAGAACUGUGGCAAGAGAUGUGCGAUGCUGUCUUCUGUGCUGGCCGCUCUCAUUGGAAUUGCGGGAUCUGGCUACUGCGUCAUUGUGGCAGCCCUGGGCCUCGCGGAAGGACCGAGAUGUCUCGAUUCCCUCGGUCACUGGAACUACACCUUCGCCAGCACCGAGGGACAGUACCUUCUGGAUACUGCCACAUGGUCCCAGUGCAUUGAACCCCAGCACAUUGUGGAAUGGAACGUGACUCUUUUUUCUAUCCUCUUGGCUCUUGGUGGGGUUGAAUUCAUCUUGUGUCUCAUUCAAGUAAUCAACGGAGUGCUUGGGGGCAUAUGUGGCUAUUGCUGCUCUCGUCAACAGCAAUAUGACUGCUAAAAGAACCACCUGAACGAAGCCAGAACCGCGGUCUUCCUCUAUUUCAUUGUAAUUUAUAUAUUUUACUUGUAUUAAUUUGUAAAACUUUGUACUAGUGUAACAUACUCCAUAUAUUCUACUUUUAUAAAGGUCUAAAUAGACUGACUUCUCCAUACGAUGUCAGUGUUUGAACUUAGCAAACAAACUUUUUUUAAGGAAUGAAAAAACAAACCACCCUCUGGAGGUAAUUUACAGACCAAGUGAUGGUCCUCAGAACAUCUGAGAUAAACUCUACAAUGUUUUGGAUAAAAAUUGCAUUCCCAUUACUAUUGUGUAUAUAUAUAUAUGUGCAUGUGUUUUUUAAUGGAUGAUGUCUAGUUGCUUUUUUUAAGACCAAGAAAGAGAAAAUCCAACGAUCUCAAAAGAUGUGUUUUUUUCACUGUUUAUAUGAUGUUUCCCUAGCAAGUGACAUUUUGAACUCCCUUGUGUUCUGUGAGAGACCAAAACUUUUUUAGGGUGGGAGGACUGACUGAGAAUGUUUCAGUUCAAAUGAAUGAGUCAAAACUUAGAAUAUUGAUAGUAGCUGUGAGUACUACCAGAUCCUACAUUUUGUUUAAUAUGUGGAAAGCUUUAUGUCCUCCCAAGACAAGCAUUAAGGGUCACGUGUUUAAAAAGGGAGCAGCUAACUGAACAAGAAGAAAGAUGGGAAACGGAAUAAAGCAGUUGAUCAGCGUCAUGGAAAAAUGGAGGGUGGGGGAAUAAUGGUGGGGGACCACAGGGAAAUACCCUAAACAGCACUUGUUUAUGACAAAAUAAAGUGUUCGCUAUCAUCUUGU